AUGCAUAGAAAUUCUACGAUCGCACUAUUAACAAAUGCAGCUGAUAAAGAUGAUGGAGGAACUAUAGCUACUGAUGAUGUGGGCAGGUUCAUGAGUGCAUUUGAUGGGAUUGCUGAUGAUGAAGCCGAAGAUCCAGAACAAAAUUUCAGAAAUGAUUUAUCUUCAGUUACAACUAUCCUGGAUGAUCCUGAAAAGCAAUUGUAUCUCUCUGUGACGAAAUGGAUCUUAAAUAUGAAGAACAGCUCUACCUCAGAAUCUGAUAUUGACAUGUUCGUUAAAGAUUCCUUAAAUGUGAUGAGAAAUUAUUUACCAAUAUUUAGUUCAAACACACAUUCUACUUAUUCGAGACAGAAAUUUCUAGAAGAAGCUAUUACUGUUAUUCAACCAAAAGGGGUUGUCUUAGGAAAAAAGAUACCCUUCAUUGAAAGCUUGAAACAAUUAUUAUCCAUGCCUGAAUUAGUUGAUAUAUUGAAUAAACAACCAAUAAUGACACAACCUGCUACUGCUCAAAGUUUGAAACAAUUAAAAACUGAUUAUCAUGAUAGUGAAUAUUGUUAUAACCAUUCGUUCUUCAGCGCACAUCAGUCAAUUAAAAUAAUCUUAUAUUAUGACGAAAUAGGGAUCAAUAAUCCCGUUGGAACAAGAAAACGAAGUAUGGGAAUGUUUUAUUAUACACUGACAAAUAUUCCUCGAUAUUUGUGUUUUCAAGACAUGUAUUUACUUAUUAGCAUGCGCCGAUAA